CUCUUAUGCACCCAACCCAAAAGCUCCACCUUUUCCCAGCAUAUCACCACCACCGAUAUUGCAUUUUGGCUCUUCGUCGUACCGUGAUCAAGCAGCGGAAUAAGCUGGCUGGGCUGACCUGCAGCCCGUCUUGCUCACGCCAAGUGACGCUGUUACUUAUAGUCGCUCGUACCAGUCGCUCGCGGCAAAUGCUAGAAUAGGAGACUUUCCGAGGCGUCGUGUUGUCGCAUUGCCUUCCCGCUUCGAAGGCGCCGACUCACGACGAGACAGAAGCGAGUAUUGAGUCGUGUGUCGCAGGAGUUGUUUCUGGGUCACCAUUGUCUCCAAGUCACAUUUGAGUCACCGUAGUUUCUGUUUCCCCUCGCAAAUGUGAUUCAGAGCUGUCUGCGAGGCCACAAUCAAUGCCGUGCUGUUGCUGCAUUCGUUAUUGGUUGCGACGCUUAUAUCAGGAGACGCCGUUGGACGGCGACAGCUGGCCGCAGUGAGACGAAUCCACCAUAUAAACGGGUGUACGAGACUUCUCUGCCUGAUAUUUUUACAUAGGAAUCGCGCUGUAGGUCGCCUGUAUUUCGCCGCCUGUAUUCCACCGCGACAAUGCCGCAAGCGUCGCCGCCCAUGUACGCGCGCGUGCCGCUGACGGAGCUCAGCUCGGCUGACCUGGACACGACGGAGCUUAUAUCGGUGGACCUUGAAUCGAGUACGAGUCAGGGCUCUUUGAGCGCCACAUCCACCCUCAGCGAGGGCUAUGGCACGGGUGCACACGGCAUGUAUGCACGUAGCCCAAGGGGGGUAGCAGCAGCGGAGGGAGGGCGAGGGGAGAGGCACGGGGAGGAGAGGCAUGAGGGGAGAAGGCAUGGGGAUCACCACCUGGAGCUGUUUGAGAGUGACCGGCUGGUGGACGCUGUGGGGGUGAAGAGGAUGGGUGGGGGCUAUUAUUCGCCCAAAAGCCCCCACGAGUCGGACUCGCUGCAAGUGCACCGCGACCAAGACACGGUGCCGUCACCAGGCAAGCUGGGCACGCUGACAGGGGUGUACAUCCCAUGCGUGCAGAACAUCCUUGGGAUCAUCUUCUACAUUCGUCUCUCCUGGAUAGUGGGCAUUGCGGGGGUGAGCGGGAGCCUGAUGGUGGUGGCUGUCACGUGUGCUAGCACUUUCAUCACAGCUCUCUCGCUGUCUGCUGUUGUCACCAACGGCGCUAUGAAGGGUGGGGGUCCCUACUAUCUUAUUGGUCGGGCACUGGGGCCUGAGGUGGGGGUCAGCAUCGGUCUCUGCUUCUUCUUUGGCAAUGCCAUCGGUGGAUCGCUCUACAUACUGGGAGCGGUGGAAACGCUACUGGACGCCAUGCCUCAGAUGGCUCUCUUCCCACCGACGUCAGUGACGCUGCAGACAGCAUUGAAUGCAAGUGAAGCUGUUAUCAAUGGCACCAUAGCUGCUGCACCAACAGCCGCUGCAACCGUGUUGUCCGUGUCAAGGCACGACAUGCAGGCAUACGGCAUCAUCAUUACUGUUCUCCUCUGCCUCAUAGUGUUCGGAGGAGUGCACCUGGUGGACCGAGUGGGUUCGCUCUUCAUCAUCCCGGCUGUCCUCGCUGUCAUCUCUGUCUUCAUCGGGAUUGCCUUGUCGCCGGAUGCUGAGUCGCCAGCUGGCCUGACUGGUCUCAGCAUCAGCACCCUUGUCUCCAACUGGUUACCGGAUUACCAGACCACCAACGCCAAUGGCAUUCCCGACCCCAACGGGUCCUUCUACUGGGGCUUUAACCAGCUGCUGGGUCUGUUUUACCCCGGUGUCACCGGCAUAAUGGCGGGGUCCAAUCGCUCCGAGGCCCUACGCGACACGCAGCGGUCGAUCCCCACGGGCACUCUGGCGGCCAUAGUGUCUAUGACGGGGCUCUAUGUGGGCUCCAUAUUUCUGUUUGGUGCUGUCGGUGUGAGGGACCUGCUGGUCACUGACAGGCUUCUCACCGCCACCAUCGCAUGGCCCGUGCCAGCUGUCGUGCAGGUGGGCAUUGUCCUCUCAACCCUGGGAGCAGCGCUGCAGAAUCUGAUGGGCGCCCCGCGGCUGCUGGCAGCGAUAGCGAAUGACAGCGUGCUUCCCGUGCUGAAUGCGUUCAAGGCGGAUAGUGACAAGGAGCCUCAUCUAGCAACGUUCUUCACCCUCGUCCUCUGCUGCAGCUUCGUGCUGAUAGGCGACGUGGACUAUGUCUCCCCGGUCAUCACCAUGUUCUUUCUCCUAUGCUACUGCGGCGUCAACCUCUCCUGUGCUCUCCUCGACCUCGUCGACGCCCCCUCCUGGCGCCCGCGCUGGCGCUGGCACCACUGGCUCGUGUCUCUUGCCGGGGCUCUGCUGUGCCUGACCAUCAUGUACCUGAUAUCGUGGUUCUUCACCGUGGUCUGCCUCACCCUAGCAGUGCUCAUCUACAUCUAUGUCAGCAUGGUGGGGAAGGCAGGCGACUGGGGCGACGGCGUGAAAUCAGCUUACAUGCAACUCGCCCUGCGCUCCCUGCACUUCCUCGGAGUGAGUCAGGUGCAUCCCAAGAACUGGUACCCCAUCCCGCUCAUCCUCUGCAAGCCCUGGGGCCUGCUACCCCCCGACGCGCCCUGCCAUCCGCGCCUGGGCGAUUUCGCCAAGUGCAUGAGGAAGAAGGGGAGGGGGAUGAGCAUCUUUGCUACAGUGCUGGAAGGGGAGUACAGCGCCCUAGCCUCUCCAGCCCACCAAGCAUCCCGGGUGCUGCUGGCCUAUAUCGACAGCAGGCAGUGCGAGGGGGUGGCGGAAGUGAUGGUUGCAUCAUCUGUGAAACGAGGGGUGGGGAUCGCCCUGCAGAGCAUGGGGCUGGCGGGCUUAAAGCCCAACAUUGUGUGCUUCAGAUACCCAGAGUCAUGGCUGCAGCAAGAGAUGAGCCACAUCCCCGACACAUUCGUGAGCUUGAUCAACGACAGCAACACGGCCAGCAAGGCGUGUGUGAUAGUAAAGGGGCUGGACGAAUGGCCAGCAGAGGGGUGUAAGCAGUACGGCACCAUCGACCUGUACUGGAUCGUGAGGGAUGGGGGCAUCAUGCUGCUGCUGUCGCAGCUGCUCAGGUCUCGACCCACAUUUGAAGCAUGCAAAAUACAGGUGUUCUGCAUUGCGGAGGACGACAUAGCCGCAGAGACCCUGCAGCUGGACGUGGCCCAGUUUCUGCACGACCUGCGCAUGCAGGCAGACGUGGUGGUGGUGACGAUGAGGGCGUGGGAGGAUGUGGUGGGGGAUGAGGACGGGCCCGAGGCUGAGCUGGCGAGACAAGGUGCCAUGGAGGCGUUUACUCGGGCACGAAAGAACAUCGCCAGGAUGAUUGAUAUCGAAUCACCAUCUCCCCACAGCACAGCUGUAACAACAAAUGGCCCAGAGACAAGUGGACGGAUUGAAAAGCAGCGUAGUGCAAAACAGGAGUUACCUGCACGAGGAGGUAACGGAAAGGGAGUGGACGAGGGUCAGGUAAACAAGUUUCUCUACACUACAAUUAAGCUAAACUCUAUAAUUAAAAGAUACUCUAAGAUGGCGGCACUGGUGCUUGUCAGCUUGCCACCCCCGCCCAUCCACCAUCCUCCUUACUGCUAUAUGGAGUAUAUGGAUAGGCUUGUAGAUGGUGUGCCUAGGUUGCUUAUGGUGCGCGGAUAUCGGAGGGACGUCGUGACUAUAUUCACAUAGGCUCGUGCUUCUAGUUCUCGAGUAUGCGAACACUUCAACUACUAGCUUUAAAGGCUUUAUU